GCGGGCGGCCGCUACUGCCCGGUACCGGCGGGAGGGCGCGGCGCCGCCCGCGCUGACGGGACAAAGCGCGGCCAUGAGCCCGCUCUAGGGCCCCGGGAGGCCGCCGCCGCCGCAGCUCCCCGUCACCGCUCCGGGGAGAGCGGGGGGGCCCCGGGUGGGGGUCCCGGGGUGGGGUGUUUGUCGCCGCCGGGCACCAUGCACACCGUGCAGAAGGAUACCACGUUCACCAAGAUCUUCGUCGGGGGGCUGCCCUACCACACCACCGACUCCUCCCUCAGGAAGUACUUCGAGGUCUUCGGGGACAUCGAGGAGGCAGUGGUGAUCACCGACCGGCAGACGGGCAAAUCCCGGGGAUACGGCUUCGUGACCAUGGCAGACAGAGCUGCAGCUGAAAGAGCCUGCAAAGACCCCAACCCCAUCAUCGAUGGCAGGAAAGCAAAUGUGAACCUGGCGUAUUUGGGAGCAAAACCAAGGAGUAUUCAAACUGGUUUUACCAUAGGUGUGCAGCAGCUACAUCCAGCCUUUAUUCAGAGACCCUUUGGACUCACGCCUCACUAUGUUUACCCCCAAGCUAUCAUUCAGCCCAGCGUGGUGAUCCCUACCCCCGUGCAGUCCAUCACGUCUCCCUACAUCGACUACACCGCCGCCAGCCAAGCCUAUUCCCAGUACACCACAGCUGCCUACGACCAGUACCCCUACGCUGCCUCCCCCGCCGCCAGCUUUGUGGGAUACGGCUACACGGGCGCGGUCCAGCCCCCCAUCACCGCCAGCAACCCGGCAGCGCCCGCCACCGCCUUCGUGCAGUACCAGCCCCAGCAGCUGCAGCCUGACCGCAUGCAGUGAGCGCCCUGCCCGCGCCGCUGCCACCUGGGACAAUCUUUUGCGAGGGAAGGAGAACGGCUAGGACAACGAAAGCAACAGCAAAAAAAUAAAAAAAAAAAAACAACACAAAAUAAACAAAAAAAAAAAAAAGGAAAAAAAAAUCACCCUGACCCUUUAUCCCAUUUAUUUAGGUGCAUAUCAAUACCUAAGCUAUUUAUAGUGUUAAGGGCAAACCCAAACCCUUGCAGUCUGACUGUGCUCAUGAAAAAGGACUUCGGGUAAGUUUUUUUUUUUUGGAUCUGGACAGAUACUGUCUUGAAGAUGUUCUUAAAGUGACUGAAAUGUUUCACAGGAAAACUACAGAUUCUUGCACACAUCACAGUCUGCUUCCAUCACCUAUGGUCUUCUUUCCAGCCCCCAGCCCGUUUGCCCCGCCAGCCCUCCCUCCUCAUCAAACCUGCAAUCUUCUUAUUUACUGUUGAGGUACAGAGGUACUCGGAGAACAUGGAGAAAAGCAAUCUUAUUUUUUGGUUGUACAAAAACUUUGUAAUACUCAGAGAUGCCUUACAGAAAAAAAGAAAAAGAAAAACUAUUUUUUAAUAUUUAUUGCGAUUUUAUUCGCAUGAGCUGUGAAUUGCAGACAGAAGAAUAGUAGUAAGUAAGUAUCUGCCUUGUUUAAUUCUCAUUUUACUAAAUUAUUGUAUGUAGGUAAAAGUUCCUAAGUAAUUGCUGAAUCACUUCAACAUGCAAAAGGGAAUAUUGGCUUGAAGGAGAGCAGAAUAUUCCUUUAGUCAACGCACUGUACUAUUUUCUUAUUGUAAUUGUUACUCUGUUAAGAUUAUCUCAAAUUUAGGUAUAUUUUUAAAAUGCAAAAAAAAACAACCAAGAAUACCGAACAUUUUGUCUACUUUGGUAGAUUUUUUGUUACAAUGCUGCAAACUAUGGAGACAUUUACAGUAUUUAUGUAAAGGAGAUUUGGGGCUGUUGGCCAGCAAAGCUUAGGGGAAUAUCAUGAGUGGAGCAAACGGAAAAAAGGUGUUAAGUCAUUGAACAAAUGGGUAAAUGGAACCUUUUUAUGCCUAUAAUGCAACAGCCAAAUAAAGGAAGAGAAAAGACAAUGUAAGUUAAGUGCAUUUCUACAAGGAACAGCAAUAAACUAUUUUAACUUUUAAAAGGA